UGCUUUGCCAAAGAACCUCUAUAACCACCUCGAUAUAAAUAAUUUUCACCACCAUCUCUCUCCCUAAAACUUCAUCCAAAGAUUCAACGGCGGUCGAUCACCAUGCGUCUCCUCCUCCUCGCAAUCAUGGCACUCCUCUUCUCUCUCUCCGCCGCCGCCCCAGAAAGCCCUGUGCUCGGUGGUUGGAAGCCGAUCAAGAACAUCAACGACCCCCACGUGAAGGAGAUCGCGGAGUUCGCAGUGUCGGAGUACAACAAGAAAUCUAAGAACAAGUUGGUGUUCCAGAGCGUCGUCAAAGGCGAGACUCAGGUGGUCGCCGGCGAAAACUUCCGGCUCAUCAUUGCUGUCAAGGAUAAAUCCUCGGCUGUGAAAUAUGAGGCUGUUGUGUGGGAGAGGCUUUGGUUGAACAAUAAGAUAUUGACCUCCUUCAAACAAGUCAAGGAGUAGUUUAUAUGUCGAUUUCUGUUACUUAUCUGCCUUCAUUAAUUUCGCUGUAAUAAAGAUCGAAUGGAGAAUUUAGCGCUUGUUAUUAAUUCCAAUGGUAUUUCCAGAUAUUUCGUAAUAAAUAUAUGCUCGAUCAGGCUCAUUGUUCUUCACUGUUUGGAAA